AUGAAGAAGAUUGGAGAAAAACCGAGAAAGAGUGGUUUCCAACUAGGUCGAGGCUUCUACCAAAAGGCACAACCACCAGCCAAGAAGAAAGUUGAUUUAGAAAAUGUGUUAGCUCGUUUUACGGAGGAUUCUGAAAAAAUGCAUGAUGAAACGGAUGCAGUGAUAAGGGGACAUCAGAAUAUCAUGAAGGAGAAGGAAGCUUUGCUAAGAAAUCACCAAGCAUCGAUCCACAAUAUUGAAGUCCAACUAGGUCAACUAACUACUCUCGUACAAGAUAAGUUAUCUCCGAAAAUCCCCAAGAAAAAACCUCAUUCGCAAGUCAUGAUGAUUGAAACUGAAGAAGAGGCUAUUUCUAAGUUCCUAGAAGCACUAGAAGUAGAGCCACAACUGUCCGAACCAAAGCCGAAAAAGUCAAAAAUCGAAGAAACAUUUUCUGCUGAAACACCAGACUCACGACGUGAGCCUUCCAAGCUCACAACGUGGGCCGAGUCUGAACAAAAAAAUUCAGCAAACAUUCCAGCUUAUCGUCCUCCUUUACCGUUUCCGUCCCGAGCUAAUAGUCAUCCACUGGAAAAGGAGCAUUUGGAAUUUAUGAAACAAGUAAAGGGUAUUUCAAUAAAUACUCAUUUUAUUAAAUCAUUGUCUAAAAUUCCCGAAUAUGCAAGGUUCUUACAAGACUUGAUAGAUACUCGUCAGCCUUUGAAGAAAAACUCCAAGGUGGCUCUUAGUGAGCAGAGUUCAAAUGUGGUAUUAGGGGAGUUGUCAAAGAAGAUGGGAGAUCGUGGAUGCCUCACUCUUCCGUGUGAAUUUGGGAAUAGUUUGAAGACUUAUGCUUUAGCCGAUUCUGGGUUGAAGGCUACAAGAAUGACCAUUCACAUGGCAAACCGUUCAGUGACACAUCCUAGGGGCAUUGUGGAAGACAUCUUAGUAAAAAUUGGGAAAUUUGUUUUUCCAAUUGAUUUUGUGGUUAUGGAUAUGAAAGAAGAUCAUGAUGUUCCAAUCAUCUUGGGUCGGCCUCUACUUAAUACUGUUGGUGCCUUGGUUGAUAUUCAUGAAUCCAAGCUUACCUUGAGAGUGGGAGAUGAUGAAGCCACUUUUGGAAUAGAGGAUGGUUUCCAAGGAAAUGAUGUUCAAGGUGAAGUUUUUAAUGUUGAUAAAGAAGAAGAUGAACUUGAAGAGUUGGAGAAGCUUAUGGAAGAACUAAAGAUAAUUCAACAAGUCAAACAUACAAAACCAAGAGAAUCCGUUCGAUUGGUGUUUGAAGUAAUUGCUUAUACAAAUCCAACUUCUUGGGUGAGUGAGGAAAGCGAAGAUUUAUCAAGUGACGAGGACGAGGUUACUUUUAAGGAAACGAGUUUAGCUAUGGAUGAGAAGGUGGUUCCCGUAGAGCAAAGAAAUGAAAAAUUGGAGAAUAAAGGGAUUAGACACAAGCUUGAAGUAAAUGAGGUGGAAGCUAUAAAAGAGAACUCCAAAAAGGCGUAUAUUAGACGAGUUUAA